AUGCCUGGAUUUGCUAAGUUUGUGAAAGACCUACUUACAAAGAAGAGGUCGGUUCAACAUGAGAUAGUGAAUUUAACUCAUUGUGUGAGUUCGAUUAUUUCUUCCACCACUUUUCAAAAGAAGGGAGAUCCAGGAAUGUUUACCAUUCCGUGUAAUAUUAGGCUUUACGCAUUCACCUGUGCUCUAUGUGAUAAUGGGGCGAGUAUCAAUCUAAUGCCCCUUGCUAUUUUCAAGCAAUCCGGAUUGGGAGUGCCAAGACCAAUUUCUAUAAGAUUACAAAUGGUGGACAGAUCCAUCAAGAAGCCAGUUAGGGUUAUAGAUGAUGUGUUGGUACAAGUGGGUAAGUUUAUGUUGCGGUUGAUAAAGAUAUUCCCAUUAUCUUAG